AUGUCUCGCGGACCCGGACCAAUACCUCCCCGCUGGCUGCACUGUCCGCGAAAGUCGGAAAAGCUUAUAGCGAACCAUUUCCUAGCCUUCAAGACACCGCUGAAGCGCGAAUUUGAAGCCAACAUGCCCGUCCAGUGUGCCUUUCGGCCCUCGAUGCUGUUCAACUUGCUGAAGCUACACAAGCAACGGAUCGGCCUGUGGAUUGAUCUUACCAACACGAACCGUUUCUACGACAAGAACGAAGUCAUAGAUGCUGGCUGCAAGUACAUUAAGCUGCAGUGCCGCGGUCACGGCGAAACACCAUCCGUACAGCAAACGAAAGCCUUCAUUGAGCUUGUGGACGAAUUUAUACAGGAGCGGCCGAUCGACCUGAUCGGUGUGCACUGUACGCAUGGGUUCAAUCGGACCGGCUUCCUGAUCGUUUCCUACAUGGUUGAGCGGAUGGAUUGUGGGCUGGAUGCGGCACUGGCCGCAUUCGCUGAUGCACGUCCGCCGGGCAUUUACAAGGGUGAUUACAUACGGGAGCUGUACGAACGGUACGCGGAGGAGGAAGAUGUACCGCCACCACCGGAACUGCCCGCCUGGUGUCUAGAGUAUGACGAUGACGAUCAGCCAAACAACAAUCUGGUGGAGGAGGACGACGACAACGACGGCCAUCACAACAGUGGACAGGCAAGAGGAACCAAGCGUCGUACGGAUGAGGCGGGUGAAAAUGGUCAGUCCAGUGGGCCAAAGCGUAAGCGUGUUUCGUACAAUCAGAAUGCCGUCUUUAUGGACGGUGUGCCGAACGUGACACUCGUGACGGAUGAGACGCUAAUCGCCCAACUGCAGCAACGGGUCCGUACGAUGUGCGGUAGCAAACUCGCGGGCUUUGCCGGUGCACAGCCCGUCUCGAUGGAUUUGCACAACAUACGCUACCUCACCGAAAUGCCGUACCGGGUGUCGUGGAAGGCGGACGGGACACGCUACAUGAUGCUGAUACUGGGUGAGGAUAAGAUCUAUUUCCUCGAUCGGGACAAUUCGAUAUUCGCCGUGAAAGGGAUCCGGUUUCCGAUGCUUGCGAACGCAAACCAGCACGUCACGGACACACUGGUCGAUGGUGAGAUGGUAAUCGAUGAGUACAAGCAGCAGUCCAUACCCCGCUAUCUCGUGUACGACAUCAUCUACCUGAACAACCGCGAAGUCCGGAAGCAACCGUUCCACCCGAACCGGUUAAGUUUGAUCGACCGGGAGCUGAUACAGCCGCGGGCGCGUGCCAUGCAGCUCGGCACGCUCGAUCGGCGCAGCGAACCGUUCGGUGUGCGGCUGAAAGAGUUCUGGGACAUUGGCAAAUCACAGUCGCUGCUCGGGCCAAAGUUUAAGCAAGCGCUCAGCCACGAACCGGACGGUCUCAUCUACCAGCCGUCGCUCGAUCCGUACGAAUCGGGCGUGUGCCCGCGCGUGCUCAAGUGGAAACCGCAUCACAUGAACUCGAUCGACUUUCGGCUGGUGAUAAAGAAGGAAAACAAGCUGGGCAUGCUGCCGGGCAAGGUCGGCCUGCUGUACGUCGGCGGGAUGGAUCAGAGCUUUAGCGAGAUCAAGCUCACGAGCGAACUGCUCAAGCUGAACAACAAAAUUAUCGAAUGUAAGUUCGACAAGGAGUGGGUGCUGAUGCGCGAGCGGACGGACAAAUCGUUCCCGAACAGCUUCCAGACGGCGAAAAAUGUGUGGGAAAGCAUCCGCCAUCCGGUAACGGAAGCGAUACUGUUAACGCUGAUCCAGGAGAAGGGCUACCAGGGGGAAAGGGAUCCAGGAGAAAGGGAUACGAAACUGAUGCCACCACCACAGUCGCAUUAA